AGAGGAGCGAGCUCUCGGGGGGAAGGGCAGGGGGCGGGCCUGGGCCGUGGUCUCGAGGCGACUGCGCGGACGGGAUCCCGACUGGAACAUGGCGACUUGCGCCGAAAUCCUGCGGAGCGAGUUCCCUGAAAUUGAUGGACAGGUCUUCGACUACGUGACGGGCGUCUUGCACAGCGGCAGCGCGGACUUCGAGUCUGUGGACGACCUGGUGGAAGCCGUGGGGGAGCUACUGCAAGAGGUGUCCGGGGACAGCAAGGAUGACGCGGGCAUCAGGGCGGUGUGCCAGCGCAUGUACAACACUUUGCGCCUGGCUGAGCCACAGAGCCAGGGAAACAGCCAGGUGCUACUGGACGCCCCCAUACAGUUGUCAAAGAUAACGGAGAACUACGACUGUGGCACUACACUUCCUGGACUGCUCAAGAGGGAACAGUCGUCGACCGUGAACGCAAAGAAGCUAGAGAAGGCUGAGGCUCGCCUGAAGGCAAAGCAAGAGAAGCGCUCCGAGAGGGACACGCUCAAGGCCAGCAGCCCGCUGGUCUUGGAGGAGGCGUCAGCCAGCCAGGCAGGCAGCAGGAAGGAGAGCCGGCUGGAGUCAUCCGGCAAGAACAAAUCCUACGACGUGCGCAUCGAGAACUUCGAUGUGUCCUUUGGUGACAGGGUACUGCUGGCUGGAGCGGAUGUGAACCUGGCGUGGGGCCGCCGCUACGGGCUGGUGGGACGGAAUGGGCUGGGGAAGACGACCUUGCUGAAGAUGCUGGCCACCCGGAGCCUGCGGGUCCCAGCCCACAUUUCCCUGCUGCACGUAGAGCAGGAGGUCGCCGGAGACGACACCCCUGCCCUGCAGAGCGUGCUGGAGAGCGACAGCGUGCGAGAGGACUUGCUGCGGCGGGAGCGAGAGCUCAGCGCCCAGAUUGCUGCUGGCAGGGCAGAGGGCUCAGAAGCUACACAGCUGGCAGAAAUUUAUGCCAAAUUGGAGGAAAUCGAGGCUGACAAGGCACCUGCCAGGGCAUCAGUCAUUCUUGCUGGGCUUGGCUUUACCCCUAAAAUGCAGCAGCAGCCUACCCGGGAAUUCUCGGGUGGCUGGAGGAUGAGGCUAGCCCUGGCCCGGGCCCUGUUUGCUAGACCAGAUCUUUUGCUGUUAGAUGAACCCACAAACAUGCUGGACGUGAGAGCCAUCCUGUGGCUGGAGAAUUACCUGCAGACGUGGCCCUCCACAAUCCUAGUCGUCUCCCACGACCGCAACUUCCUGAACGCCAUCGCCACAGACAUCAUCCACCUGCAUAGCCAGCGGCUGGAUGGUUACCGGGGCGACUUCGAGACCUUCAUCAAGAGCAAGCAGGAGCGGCUGCUCAACCAGCAGCGCGAAUACGAGGCACAGCAGCAGUAUCGCCAGCACAUCCAGGUUUUCAUUGACCGGUUUCGCUACAACGCCAACAGGGCCUCUCAGGUGCAGAGUAAGCUCAAGAUGCUGGAGAAGCUACCAGAGCUGAAGCCCGUGGACAAGGAGUCGGAAGUUGUGAUGAAGUUCCCUGAUGGGUUCGAGAAGUUUUCGCCGCCGAUUCUGCAGCUCGAUGAGGUGGAUUUCUACUACGACCCCAAGCAUGUCAUCUUCAGUCGGCUCUCCGUCUCUGCGGACCUGGAGUCGCGCAUCUGUGUGGUGGGAGAGAACGGAGCUGGGAAGUCUACCAUGCUGAAGCUGCUCAUGGGGGACCUGGCGCCUGUCCGCGGCAUCAGGCAUGCUCACAGGAAUCUGAAGAUCGGCUAUUUCAGCCAGCACCACGUGGAGCAGCUGGACUUGAACGUCAGUGCCGUGGAACUGCUGGCACGCAAGUUUCCUGGGCGGCCAGAGGAGGAGUACCGGCACCAGCUGGGCCGCUAUGGCAUCUCUGGAGAGCUGGCCAUGCGCCCAGUUGCCAGCUUGUCUGGGGGCCAGAAGAGCCGGGUGGCUUUCGCUCAGAUGACCAUGCCCUGUCCUAACUUCUACAUCCUGGAUGAGCCCACAAACCACCUGGAUAUGGAGACGAUUGAGGCCCUGGGCCGCGCGCUCAACAGCUUCAGGGGUGGUGUGAUCCUGGUGUCCCACGAUGAGCGCUUCAUCCGACUCGUGUGCCGGGAGCUGUGGGUGUGCGAAGGAGGCGGCGUCACCCGGGUUGAGGGGGGGUUCGACCAGUACCGUGCCCUCCUCCAGGAGCAGUUCCGCCGUGAGGGCUUCCUCUAGGGCCACCAGGCUGAGGGCUGUGCCCAGGACGUGGACUGCUCUCUCAGACUCCUGGGCCACCGUGUAGGCACUCCAGGCCACGAACUUCCCCCAACCUGGGGACAGCCUUAUUCCCAAACCUCUCCUCACCGGGAGCGUCCUCUGCACAGCCUGGGGAGCUCCAUCCGAGGGUCUGCAAGGACUGGCCCUGGGGAAGGGGUCUGGGGGCGUUCUCUGGAGGUUAGACCCCCCCCAGCUCUGACUGCCCCCCCCACGUGGCUGCUAUGUAAAUUAAACCUCCGUAUGCGUCCCCGCCUCCUCUCUGCUGCUCCCUGAGUGGGGCUGCAGUGCCUGCCUCCUGCUGAGGGCUGUGGGCUCUCUGAGUGCCGUCUCCCAUGACUCGUGUCAGUCACACGGACAGCAGCGCUGGCCUUGCCCCUGGGAGGAGACAUCGAGGCCGCGGGCAGCCCGUGGGCCGAGGUCCUGCCCCGCCUGCAGUGCCGUCUCCCAGCCACGCUCAGCCUCAGCAUCGGGGUCUUGGGCUGCGCGAAGGUUGAACCGAUUCUGGAAGCCAGCCUGAAACAUCUGCCAACUGCUCUCCGCUUGCCCUGCCUCUGGUAUAGACCCUCCGGGCCGAAGAGAAACCUUCACCCCACUUUA